CCCGUCAUGCAACACAGCCGUCAGAACGCAUGGACGGAACCCAUUUGCAAACAGUAGUUUGAGGUUGCAGAAAACUUAUGAUCACAGUUAGUUUUUGCGCGCAUUUUAAUAAUAUUUAUUAAGAUUUUUAUAAUAAUAGGUUAGAAUAAAAACCUGAUCAACCGAAAAAGCUACGUUUAGUGAAGUCCAAACACUGGGCUGGGUCGACAGUUCCGCUUCCCCUCCGCCAUAGCAGACAGAUCCCGGGUCCAAGAAGAAGUUAACUCAAAAAAAACUUACAAAAGAAAUGAAGUCAUGAGGGUUGAUCUCUGAAACCCUAUUACCCCUCUGAGUGUGUUUCCCUGUCAUGUCUGACAACGGAGAGCUGGAGGACAAACCCCCUGCCCCCCCAGUCAGAAUGAGCAGCAACUUUAGCACCGGCAUCAAGGACAGUAUGUCAACAAACCCCAGUUCUAAACCCCUGCCCUCUGUCCCAGAGGAGAAGAGGGACAAACCGCGCAACAAGAUCAUAUCCAUAUUCUCAGCAGAGAAAGGAAGAAAAAAAGACAAGGAUAAGGAGCGUCCAGAGAUUUCAAACCCUUCAGACUUUGAGCACACCAUACACGUGGGCUUCGAUUCUGUCACGGGGGAGUUCACUGGCAUGCCAGAGCAGUGGGCUCGGCUGCUGCAGACCUCCAACAUCACAAAAUCUGAGCAGAAGAAAAACCCUCAGGCUGUGCUGGAUGUGCUCAAAUUCUACGACUCCACAGGCAACAGCAGGCAGAAAUACCUCAGCUUUACAGAUAAAGAUGCACCACCAGCAAAAAAAGGCUCAGAGCAAUCACCAGUCAAGGAUCCUGAUGAUGAUGACGAUGAUGAAGCCCCACCUCCUGUUGUAGCACCACGUCCUCAACAUACCAUAUCUGUAUACACUCGUUCUGUCAUCGAUCCCAUUCCGGCACCUGCUGCCAUUGCAGAUACAGAUGGUUGCAAAGCUGCAGAUAAACAGAAGAAGGGCAAGGGCAAGAUGACAGAUGAGGAGAUUAUGGAGAAACUUAGAACUAUUGUCAGUAUUGGAGACCCCAAGAAAAAAUACACAAGAUACGAAAAAAUUGGACAAGGUGCGUCUGGUACGGUGUACACAGCCAUUGACGUUGCUACUGGCCAAGAGGUUGCCAUCAAGCAGAUUAACCUACAGAAGCAGCCCAAGAAGGAGCUGAUCAUCAAUGAGAUCCUGGUGAUGAAGGAGAUGAAGAACCCAAACAUUGUCAAUUUCGUAGACAGCUUCUUGGUAGGAGAUGAGCUCUUUGUGGUAAUGGAGUACCUUGCUGGAGGCUCUCUGACCGAUGUGGUUACAGAAACCUGCAUGGAUGAAGCACAAAUCGCUGCUGUCUGCAGAGAGUGUUUACAAGCUCUAGAGUUCCUGCAUUCAAACCAGGUCAUUCAUCGAGACAUCAAAAGUGACAAUGUUCUAUUAGGAAUGGAUGGAUCUGUCAAACUAACUGAUUUUGGGUUCUGUGCUCAAAUCACGCCUGAGCAAAGUAAGAGAAGCACUAUGGUAGGAACACCCUACUGGAUGGCCCCUGAGGUGGUCACACGUAAAGCAUAUGGGCCCAAAGUGGACAUAUGGUCCCUGGGUAUCAUGGCCAUUGAGAUGGUAGAGGGCGAACCUCCAUAUCUCAAUGAAAACCCUCUGAGGGCGCUGUACCUCAUCGCUACUAAUGGCACCCCAGAGCUGCAGAACCCAGAGAAGCUGUCACCCAUUUUUAGAGACUUCCUAAACCGCUGCCUUGAGAUGGAUGUGGAGAAGAGAGGUGGAGGAAAAGAACUCUUGCAGCAUCCUUUCCUCAAGCUGGCGAAGCCUCUCUCCAGCCUCACUCCCCUUAUACUUGCUGCCAAGGAGGCAAUGAAGAGUAACCGCUAGCCGUUUGUCACUAUGUACCAAUGGCCAAAUUCCUUCUCACAACCGAUUCCUGUGAGAAUCUCAGCAGGGUCCCCCUUCUAGUCCCGUGAAGGACCUUUGCUAUUCAGCCCUGAGGACCCUAGUCAUCUCCACCCGGGCAACUAACUUGCACAAUCACCAUGUCUUGCCUCCUCACACCAAACUCUCCUUUAAUGUGCCUUUAAGGGAAUACAAAACCAGAGGAGCCACUGACUGUAGACCUCUCUUGUUUUCUACUGAUGUCUCUCAUUGUAUUUGUUUAAUGUAAACGGUUCAGACACCAUUGCAUUGGUCAGUGUGUACCUGAACUUU